AUGUUGUCUGAAACGGAAUACUGCCCGGAAGCUGUUCGACAAUAUGCACUUGCUUCUUCUCACAACAGGAAGACUUUGAAGGAAAGAGUAUGGAAGCAUCUUGUAUAUCUUGGAUGGCAAAUUCACCAAAAUGGUAAUCAUCUCAGGUACACGCCACCCCAUGGAAUCUUGUGUCGCAAGAAAUUUUACUACUCACUUAUUGAGAUUUGUAAAGCUAUGCAAAUGGAAUCUUUUUCUGUUGCAAUGGCACAUUGUCCUCAAGCCAUUGUUGAAUACCACAAACAUGCACUUGACCCGAAUUGGGGUGAUAAAAGAGAACUUAUUUCGAAAAUAAGAAAGCAUCUCGUGAAAGACGGAUGGGUUUUAACUGACCCGCCCCUCGAAAACAGAAGAAGGGGUGUGUUAUAUACUUCUCCGCAAAACCGGAAAUUUAGCUCACUCAACACGGUAUGCAAAUUCCUAAUUGAGGAAAGUGUUAGAAGAUCGUCUAUUUCUGGCAUUCAACCGUUAAAUGCCUCCUCGGUUGUUAGCGAAGAAAGUGUUGAUCAGGAAAGUAUUCAAAGAUCAACUAUGUCUGGCGUUCAACCUUUUGUUAGUGAUGAAAGUGUUGAUUGGGUAUCAAGUGAUGAUGACUUAUCAAGUAAAGCAUCAAAUUUGCUUUCUCGUGAGACCGAGUUAUACACUAUAGACAGGGUUGCUGCAAAUAGAUCAAAGCGAAAACGUGAUGAAUCAAGAUCUCUGGCUGCGGUGCCUUCUUCUGUUGCAGUGGAGGGAGAACAAGCUACUCCUUCUGUAGUGUAUUGUCCUCAAGCCGUUGUUGACUAUCAUAAACAUGCAUUCGAGCCGAACUGGCGUGAUAAAAAAGAAUUUAUUUCGAAAAUAAGAAAGCAUCUCUUGAAAGAAGGAUGGGUUUUAACUGACCCGCCACUGGAAAACAGAAGAAGGGGUGUGUUAUAUACUUCUCCGCAAAAUCAGAAAUUUAAGUCACUAAACAUGGUAUGCAAAUUCCUAAUUGAGGAAAGUGUUAGAAGAUCAUCGGUUUCUGGCAUUGAACCUUUAAAUGCCUCAGUUGUUAACGAAGAAAGUGUUGAUCAGGAAAGUAUUCCAAAAUCACCUAUGUAUGGCAUUCAACCAUUUGUUAGUGAUGAAAAUGUUGAUCGGUUACCAAGUGAUGAUGACUUAUCAAGUAAAGCAUCACAUUCGCUUCCUCGUGAGACCGAGUUACACACUAUAGACAGGGUUAUUACAAAUAGAUCAAAGCGAAAACGCGAUGAAUCAAGUCUAAGAGUGAGAUCAAAUAAAAGAGUGCGAAAUGUUUCUGUCCCUUCUCUAUCACAUCAGAAAGUUCUGAAUGUUGUGUCUUGGUUGAUAGACAGCAAAGUGGUGUUACCAAGGUCUAAUGUUUGUUAUGUAGCAAAAAGACUGCGUGUCAUGGCUUCAGGUCGAAUAACUCACUAUGGAAUCAAGUGUAAAUGUUGUCAUAAAAUAUACAGUCUUGUUUCCUUCGAAUUUCAUGCUAUUGGCAGUAAUACCACCAGACCAAGUGCUAGUAUCUUUCUGGAUGAUGGUAGGUCGCUCUUACAGUGCCAGAUACAAAUAAUGCAAGAUCAUGUGCCAAGGGAUGCUAUGGUAAAAUCACAGAGUGAUCUGUGUCAGACUGAAAACGACUACAUUUGUUCCGUUUGCCGCAACGAGGGCGAACUUCUUUUGUGUGAUCGGUGCCUGUCUUCAUAUCAUAAGACGUGUCUUGGUCUGGAGGACGUCCCUGAUGGUGAUUGGUUUUGUCCAUCAUGUCUUUGCGGGAUUUGUGGCCAAAGAAAAUUCAAUGGGGGUGGUGAGGAUGGACAUUUCCUUAAAUGCAUUCAGUGUGAACAUAAAUAUCAUGUUGCAUGCCUGCUAAGUAGAGAUACAAGUAAGUCCAGAAGUUAUGUGGAAAGCCGGUUCUGCGGAAAAGACUGUGAAAAGUUAUAUGAAGGCCUUCAAAGACUGUUGGGAGAGCCAGUUUCAGUGGGCGUGGACGAUCUAACAUGGACAUUGGUGAAGUGUAUCGACUCCGAGAGUUGUGAUUUUGAUAGUAGUAAAAGUGGAUUAUUGGCAGAAACUUACAGCAAACUCAAUGUUGCUCUUUCUGUGAUGCAUGAAUGUUUUGAGCCCCUAAAGGAACCCUCCUCUGGAAGAGAUCUAGUGGAAGAUGUUAUAUUCAGCAGAUGGUCAGAACUUAAUCGAAUGAAUUUCCAAGGUUUCUAUACUGUACUUCUAGAGAAAGAUGAAGAGCUGGUCAGUGUGGCAACUAUUAGGAUCUUUGGAGAUAAGGUGGCUGAAGUACCUCUCGUUGGUACCAGAUUUCAAUAUCGCCGACAUGGAAUGUGCCGCAUCUUAAUGGAUGAACUGGAAAAGAAACUCAUGCAAUUAGGAGUGAAGCAUCUUGUUUUGCCUGCUCUUCCCAGUGUGGUAGAUACAUGGACCGGUCCUUUUGGCUUUUCAAAGAUGACAGAACUUGAGAGGUCAAAAUUUCUUGACUAUACUUUCCUAGAUUUUCCGGGUACCAUCAUGUGCCAGAAGUUGUUGACUAAGACGCCAUCUCCAGAUUCUGUUUUGCCAAUAGAGUUCCAACAAAAAGUUGGUGCUAUCUCGGAAAGCAGUAGUGCUAAUAAGUCUCCAGUAUCUGAAGUUUACCAAGCAGGAGAGAUAGUUAUGAAAGAAACGUCCGACACACCAAUGUUGAAUGUUUUUGAAGGCGGAAGCGAUGAUGAUAAUGUAUCUAACGAACCUGUUAUUGACUGUGUCACCAUGGCGGAGGAGCAACCAGUUCUUGAGGAUGAACAACAUUACCAGAAUGGAACCUCCACUGUACAAGGCUCUUGUGAAAAAUGGAAGAAUGUCCUGAAAUAUUGUAGACGAAGGAAAGUGAAAGGGUAG